AUGCUGGAUCUCAACCUCGUCUCCACAGAAGACGUCGCCUCAUUCCGGGAGGAAUCAGCAAUGGGCGCUGACCUCCAGGAAUCUCGUAAGAAUGCCAUCGCCGAUGACAACGGCACGUCCAACUCCUCCGUCCUCAAUGGGAGCUCGAGCAACACCGGCGACGAAGAGUCGUCCUCCACCCGCUCAGCGAGGCCCGGCUUUCGGCUGGGGAUCCGAAAGGAGGGGAGCUAUGCUGGCGUGGAGGUCGAGGGAGGGGAAGAUUUCGUGGGAGAAGUAACGAAUAACUCGAGUUCUACUGCGGCUUCCCCCUACUCCCAGAUUGUUACGAGGGAGUUGUUCCCUCUGGCGACUGUUCAUCCAGGAGGAAAUAAAGGUGGCUACGGUCAGAUGCCCUCUUCUUCCUCAGGACCAGAAUCGCCAUGGUUGGAAUUCAGCUUCCACCAGGCAGAUUUGUCGCGACAACAUGAGAACAGGAUGAAGCAGCAGCAACCAAAGAAGAGUAGGCGGGGGCCUAGAUCCAGGAGCUCCCAGUACAGAGGCGUCACCUUCUACCGCAGAACAGGCAGAUGGGAAUCCCACAUCUGGUUAGUCCACGGAAUGACUGUUCCUGUUUUUUUUUCAUCCCUUCUUUUGAUAUGGCGUGCCUGACGAGAGAUUCUCUCUUUGCCCAGGGAUUGCGGGAAGCAAGUGUAUUUGGGUGAGAAUUUUUUCAUGCUCCCUCCCUGCUUUUGAGAAUCCCCUGGCAUCUCGUUUGAUGUUUUUUUUUUUUUUUCCAUGGCGUGCAAUCGGAUCCUUUUAGGAGGUUUCGACACUGCUCAUGCUGCAGCAAGGUCAGAAAACUGGGAAUUAUCGCCUCUCAUGGAUCUAUAUCUCCUCACACACAAAAAAUUAUACCGAGUUCGAUUGUUUCAGGGCCUACGAUCGAGCGGCGAUCAAGUUCCGGGGUGUCGAUGCGGACAUCAACUUCAAUCUCAGCGACUACGACGAAGAUCUGAGACAGGUGUGCUUCACUUCUGCAGCCACCGCCCAUUUCAAGAUCCGUUUGGGCCCGGGCUCGGGCGUUUUAUGCGCUCUCGCUCGUCUGGUUUUCAGAUGAGGAAUCUGACAAAAGAGGAAUUCGUCCACGUCCUCCGCCGCCAAAGCACCGGAUUCUCAAGAGGAAGCUCCAAGUACAGGGGGGUGACUCUCCACAAGUGCGGUCGGUGGGAGGCUCGGAUGGGACAAUUCCUCGGCAAGAAGUAAGUGGUCGAUCAAUGGCUUCCUUUUUUCUCGUCUGCAUGUUGUCUGAUUAUUGUCUGGAUCGAUCCGAAUGCUUUUACGUCGGGGUUAUUACGAGAAUUAGAUCUCCCUUUAUUUGUCAACCCCGCUGGAUUUUUGGGGAGCUAGAGACUUGGAAAGAGAGUGUUCACCCUUGAGAACACGAUGCUUCCAUGCAGGUACAUAUAUCUUGGGCUGUUCGACAGCGAACUAGAGGCCGCAAGGUUGUAUUGACGAUGAUGGAUUUUCUGCAUCCUGAUGACGAAGUUUCUGAAGAUUGAUCGACCUUCUCAUCGGCUUUCUUGUCCAACAAUUUUUCCUUCUUUGGAAAUCAGGGCCUACGAUAAGGCUGCCAUCAAGUGCAACGGGCGGGAAGCUGUGACCAACUUUGAGCCGAGUUCCUACGAAGGCGAGCUGGCCUCGGAGAUGGAUCCCCAAGGUCUCACUCGACUCCACCUUCAAAUUUCUCCCUUAUGAUGUUGCGUUGACUUUGAAAAAACUGAGCGUUUGAUGCGUUCUCAGCAUCCGGCGGCGCCGUCGAUCUGAACUUGAGGAUUUCUCAACCCGUCUCUCAUACCCCAAGGUCCACUGCCGAGAUGGAUCGAAGCCCAUUUCACAGAGUCCCUGCAGCCCCAGAUAGCAGGAAACCAGCAGUAAUCAUCAUCUCUCUCGACCGUGGAAGUUAUUACUAUUUCUCGCAAUACCCCGCGAACCCAGGAAUCUCGUGCUCGAGCCGACGACUUCUUUCUUAUUCACCGCCAUUAAUUAGCAGAUCCGACGCAUCAGACGAUGAUGUGAUCGAACUGACGGGCUUUUCUGUGCCUUGCCUUAUCAGGAAAAACCUGUUGUCAUGGCGGCUGCGCCCCCUGAGAGUCCCCCAGUCUUCACUUCUCUGUUCCCUGCUUUCCUCCACGGCGUUGAGGUAACUAAAACAUUCCGUCCAUGUCUUCUGUUGGCGACUAAAACCUUCCCGUUGCGCCGGGUUAAUGAAAUCCUCCGUUGAUCGGCAGGGCCAGGCGAGACCGGCGGCCGUCUUGCCAACUCCCCCUAGCUGGACGUGGCAACUACGCGGCCCCCUCCCGUUGCCGAUGACGCCUUCUGCAGCAUCAUCAGGAUUCUCGUUGACCGCCGCGCCGCCGCAGCCAGCUGGCUUCCGCCGCCGCCACCACCACCUAGCUCCGCCGCCCGCUUCCCCAUACUACAGGAACUAA